AAUUCCGUUGGGGAGCUAUCCCACCCCUCCCUCUUAAUACGUCUACCACGUCCCAUCAUUCCAUACAGUUAAUUAUCAGGGUCUAUUUUCGCAAUGUCUUUGUUCGGAGGACAGACCCAACAGCCGCAACAGAGCGGCGGCCUGUUCGGUGGGUUUGGCUCAAAUACGGCUGGAAACCAGCAGCAGCAGAGUGGAGGAGGUCUUUUCGGCUCUACGCAGAAUACUCCACAAACUGGAGGUGGUCUAUUUGGCUCGGCGCAAAAUCAGCAGAGUGGUGGAGGAUUGUUUGGCUCUACACAGAACAAGCCCAGCGGAGGGCUCUUUGGGAACACGCAGAACCAGACCUCUGGUGGUGGUGGCCUGUUUGGCUCGGCUGCGACAUCGCAACCGCAACAGAGUGGAGGACUGUUCGGAUCGACGACUCAGAACCAGAGUCAACCGCAGACCGGUGGUCUCUUCGGUUCCACGACCCAGCAGAAACCCCAAGGCAGUCUGUUUGGUGGCUUUGGACAGCAGCAGCAACAGCAGCCUCAGCAGCAGACCGGUGGAUUGUUCGGUGGGUUGGGAUCAAACACGCAGCAGCAACAACAGCCUCAGCAGCAGUCGUCAUUGUUUGGUGGCUCUUUGAUCGCUGGGCAGCAGCAACAACAACAACCACAGCAGCAGCCCCAGCUCGGCCAGAGCACUCAACAGCAGAACUUGGGAUCUAGCUUGUGGUCUCCGGGUCGUGCGACUACCGGAGUUCAUCGAACGGUGCCUAUGCAGAUGAUGAUCGUCAAAGACAAAUGGGAACCCGUCAACCGGACGUCUCCUUUCCGGACAUAUCUCUACAACAACGUCGGUGAAGAUUCCGCACCGUUCUUCCAGCCAGGACCCGAUGAUGAUGAGUCGAAAUGGGAAGAAGCGCUACGCCAGCGUCCCAACGCGGGCUAUGUUCCAGUUCUGGUGAAAGGAUUCUGGGAGAUUGGCAAGCGGGCGCAGAGGCAGAAAGACUUCCUGACUAUCAUGCAGACUCGACUGCACGAAAUCAACAACUGCCUCACCGACUUGCUUUCGAGGCAUGACUUGAAGAUCUCAGUCAAGAUUGCGGACUGCCGUCGAAAACACAUCGUGUUGAGCCAGCGAUGCCUCUCCCUGGCGGCCAAGACGCAGGUGCUGCGAAACCGUGGUUAUGCCAUGGAUGACGCAGAGGAGGAGCUGAAGAAGAAGCUGACGCAACUGGAACGUGCUGUCUUUGACCCCUCGCUCAACGGACGCGCCGAGGAGAUCUGGGCGAGAAUGCUCGCCAUCCGCGAGCGUUCAAAGCUGCUACAGUUGGAAAUUGAAAAGGCUGGACCAGCUGCAGCCGAGGAAGCAGAUGACGGACUGGAUGAGUCUGUAGUGAAGACUGCCAAGAAGAUUCUCGAGGACUACGCAUCUCAAAUCCAGCACCUGCACAAGGAGUUAGAGGCGGUGAAGAAAGACUUUGAAGAGGUCCAAAACUCGAAUGGUAACUGAACCCAUGCAGGAGUAAAGUUCUUCGGUUUAAGCUACCUUUGGUGAUAAUGGCGGAACGCAUUUCUUUUCGUUUUCAGCUCUUUAAAUUAUUUUCUCAUGCAUGAUUCGAGAUUCGAGCAACAUCUGGCCUUGGUCCAAGAUAGCUACGUCUGAUGUUCUUUCGGGAGACGGCGUUAUA